UGUAAAUUAAACACGCCUGUUUUGCUCUCUGCGACAACCGGCCAGAUUUCCACCAGUUUCAGAACAACUCGCCAAGUCGCCAUGCCUCUGAUUUCUCCACCUAGCUAAUUAAACACGCCGGUUCUGCUCUGUGCGAACUAACUCAACUCAACCAUCGCCUCGCCUGAUCGUGUGGUGCCGAGCGUCAUGGACCUCGGGCGGCUUGUCGUCGCCGUUGUACUAUCAGCAGCCGUCCUGCACUCGGCCGUCGUCGGCGCGGAGAACCACCAUGUGUUCCUGGACUGGGAGGUGUCCUACGCCUUGCGCUCCCCGCUGGGUGUCGCCAAGAGGGUCAUCACCAUCAAUGGCCGCCUCCCCGGGCCGCUGCUCAACCUCACCACCAACGACGUCGCCCACAUCAACGUCGUCAACACCCUCGACGAGCCUUUCCUCCUCACAUGGAACGGCCUGCAGCUGAAGAGGAACUCGUGGAACGACGGGGUGGCCGGGACCAACUGCGCGAUCCCGCCCGGCGAGAACUGGACGUACGUGUUCCAGGCGAAGGACGAGGUGGGCACCUUCUUCUACCGCCCCUCGCUGGGCCUGCACGCCGCCGCCGGCGGCCACGGCCCCAUCCGCGUCAACAACCGCCCCGUCAUCGACGUCCCGUUCCCGCGCCCCGACGGCGACUUCGACCUCCUCAUCCAGGACUGGUACAACAUGGACGCGGGAGCGAUGAAGGAGCGCCUGGACGGCGGCCGUGGCCUGCCCCCGCCCGACGGCGUCCUCAUCAACGGCAUGGGCCCCGACGGCGCCGAGCUCGCGUUCGAGGCGGGGCGCACGUACCGGCUCCGCGUGUCCAACGUCGGCGCCAGGACGUCGCUCUGCUUCCGCGUCCAGGGCCACAAGAUGCUGCUGGUGGAGGCGGAGGGCGCCUACACCGCGCAGAAGCUCUACGCCUCGCUCGACGUCCACCCAGGGCAGUCGUUCUCCGUCCUCGUCACGGCGGACCAGCCGCCCAGGGCGUACUACAUGGUCGUCAGCUCGCUCUUCGUCGGCCCGGAGCUCUACGGCGUCGGGACCAUCCGCUACGCCGGCGCCAAUGAGCACCCGCCUUCCGGCAACGCGCCGCUCGACGACCGCUCCUCGCACAACAGCUACAACCGCUCCAUGGAGCAGGCCAAGUCCAUCAGGAUGAACCUGACGGCCGGCGCGGCGAGGCCCAACCCGCAGGGCUCCUUCCACUACGGGCACAUCAACGUCACCCGCACCCUGCUCCUCCGGAACGACGAGUCCGUCAUCGGCGGCCGGCGGAGGUGCACCGUCAACGGCGUCGCCUUCGCCAACGCCGCCACUCCGCUCAAGCUGGCCGACUUCUUCAGGAUCGCCGGCGUCUACACGGUCGUCUCCGGCUGGCCGGAGAGGAGGAACCUCACCCUCGGCACCGUGGCCAUCGACGCCGCCUACAGGGACUUCGUCCAGAUCGUCUUCGAGAACAGCCUGCCGUCCAUGCAGACCUGGCACCUCGACGGCUACAGCUUCUUCGUUGCCGGGAUGGGGUGGGGCAAAUGGAGCGCCGACGCAAGAUCGACGUACAAUCUGGUGGAUGCCAUGUACCGUUCGACCGUCCAGGUGUAUCCCAUGUCGUGGACCGCCGUGUUGGUGUACUUGGACAACGAGGGCAUGUGGAACCUGAGGUCGCAGAAUCUCGAGAGGAGGUACCUAGGCCAAGAGCUGUACCUGAAAGUGAGCCAGGGAAACUCAUCUGAAGUCCCCGAUCCUAGAGACGAGAUGCCCAUGCCUUUCAACGCUCUCUUGUGUGGGAAAGCUAAAAGCCUAGGAAGUUGGUACAAGGCAGGACAAAGGCCAGUGUGACUAUCUAACAAAUCGGUUAAUCAUAACAGUUUUUGUUAAUUCUCGAUCGACCUUAAUUCUCAGUUAGAGAUUCUCUAUAGAUUUGCACCGUGAUCCGUGCUAGUAUGAGUUGCAAACCGAGAUUUUUCUAGGUUCAAAUGAAGUUGUAACCGAGAGAAAAACGCCGGAACGAUUGAAUUGCCUCGUGAUUUGUUUUAGUCAGGAGUUGCAAUGCGGGUUGCAACCGAGAAAAACGC